GGUAGUGGGGAUAUAUUCCGGAAGGGAGUGUAUAUAGUACAUGCCCUCUGCGUGUGCGUGUAUGUACCGUCAUGGCGACGUUACCGCCACGAAAAAAUCCGACUCCAACGAAAAUUUUGAAACAACAUUUAACCCCGCUGCAAACGCUUGUACAGUUGGGCUUCCCGAAACACCGGGCAGAAAAAGCACUAGCUGCUACAGGACAUCGUGGUGUUCAACUUGCAUCUGACUGGUUGGUAGCUCACGUCAGAGAUCCAACUGUGGAUACAGAUAAUCACAGACAGUAUGUUCUAUAUGCUUGCCCUACUGGUGAAUUAGCCGAACAGCUUGUGAGAUUCUGGUCUGAGAGUAAAGAACUUAUAUGGAAUGGUGCACACAAUUAUAUCCCACAUAUUACACUUGUAUCAUUUUUUAAAGCCCCAGAUGAAUCUACCGAGGAGCUAGUAAACACUCUUGAAACUGUAAUUAAUCAAAUGAAGUUACCAGAUAAUAUCGAAUUAGAAACGUAUAUUUCUCCCAAUUUUAUGGGUUUAUUUGUCAAACAAGGAGAUACAGAGUGGCUGAAGCACAUUGCUAUUCGUUAUACGAAUAAACUUUCAAGUUUGGGAAUCUCUGCUGAGCCCCAAAUAAAAUCUUUACAUCUGACAUUGGCGUAUCAGUUCCCCAGCCAUUUGUAUCAACAGUUGCGUUUGAUGGUUGAAAAAUUGACGCUCACUUGCCCGACGAACUGGGAGCUCAGAUUGUAUUCUAGAGACUGUAGAUUGCAGAACGCACACGUGCACAAAGUAACACAUGCUCAUAUGCCUAGAGAACACGAUGAAUUAGAAUUAAGAGUGGGAGAUUAUAUUUACAUUCCAGAGGGGGCAUGUAAUAUAUCUACAGACGGCUGGGUCGAAGGUACCUCUUGGCUGACUGGAAUUUCGGGCCAUCUACCUUUAAAUCAUACAAAACGUACAACCGAAUCAGAUUCAUGGACGUUGCACACUACGAUACAAAUUACUGACAAUAAGAAUGAAAUUUUAGAAAAAAAAGAUAUACCUCUAAAUCGUAAACCGCCAGUAUUGUUAUCGAACGAUUCUGUAGAUAGUCCUGACGGAGUAGCGGCGACCAAUGAACCACAGAUCGAGGCUUCUGAAGCACUUCCGACUUCGUCGAGACAAAUUUUCAUAUGCCGCCACGGAGAAAGAGUUGAUUUUACGUUCGGAGCAUGGAUCCGCUAUUGUUUCGAAUCGAAUGGGUCUUAUGUACGGAGAGACUUGAACAUGCCAAAGGAAAUACCGACAAGAAAUAUACAGGACUUCCGAAACGAUAGCCCUUUAACGACAGUGGGCGAAGUGCAGGCGAGCUUGGUAGGCGAUGCUAUGAAGUCGUCUAGCAUCAAAAUAGACGUGGCUUUUACGUCUCCGUCGCUGAGAUGUAUACAAACGCUGGCUCAUAUCUUGAAAGGACUGGACUUAAACAUUCCAAUGAAAAUAGAGCCAGGUCUCAUCGAGUGGUUGGCGUGGUACCCGAAUGGCGUUCCAGUUUGGAUGACGUCCGAAGAAUUGUUGAAUGCAGGUUUUAAUAUAGACAAAAGUUACGACCCGAUAAUCAAAGCAAAAGAGCUUCCAUUGAAAGAGAAUGCAGCCCAGUAUUAUGAACGAAGUUUCGAGUUAAUCAAACGGAUUAUCGAGAACACGGUAGGAAAUAUUUUGAUAGUAGCUCACGCUGCCUCUCUGGCAGCAUGUACUAGACAAUUAACGGGUGGUAGAGUGCCACCAGCUUCCGAGGUAACUAGAUUAGCUCAAAAAGUGCCGUACUUAGCGUGCCUCACGGCACGUGAAGGUUUAGACGGCUGGCAACUGCACCCGCCGCCGUUUCCACCUAUCACUCAUACCAGUAAUACCAGGUUUGACUGGAAAGUAUUAUUAUAAUUCAUAUUUCAGAUAUUGCUCCCCUCUUUCUGUCUUUUAAGAUACAGAAGUAAAUUGAUCGUAAAAGACUGUUUUUCAUACAAUUAGUAUUCUAUACAAUUUUGUUAGUUUCUUUUGGAACAUGUUUUAAAGGAAGAGGAUCAAGUUAUUUUUUGGUUUGGGUUAUUUAUAAUAUAAUGAAAAAUACCAGACGAUUAUACAGUACUUAGAAUUAAUUUUGUAGAAAAAUAAAUACGGGUAUUGACAUUUAAUUUUACAUUUUUGAUAAGAAACUUAUGUGUCUUUAAAAGAGAGUAUAAAAGUUAAUAUUUUAGGAUAAUUUUUAAAGGAGACAUAUUCUCGUAGAUUUCGUACUGGGGUUCGAUGAAAUUGUUAGUAAAACAACGUGUAAUAUUUGUAAUGAGAAAAGAAUAUCAAUAGUGCAUUUACAAGUAUUCGUUAUAUAACUUGCCUUAAUGUUAAUUCUAUAGUUCAGAUGAUUAUUAUGUAAAUUUCUUAUUGAUUUAAAUUUUAAUGAAGUAAGAAUUUUUAAUAUGUAUGAUUAUGUAUAUAAUAUUGCUGAUUAUAAGUUGAAAUUAUGUACGCACGUAAAAGUUGUAUUACUCAGACAAGGUUUAUUGCCAAUGUACUUAGAUUUAUUCUGUUGGAGGAAGGUGUACGGUGUACAUAUGAAAGUUGAUUUAAAAAUCGGUAAAUAAUAAAAUUCUUCCAUAGGUCGUACAAAACGAAAUAGUAGAAGACGUAAGUAGCAUUUAAAAAGAGUAGAAGUACAAAAUCGAAAUAGAAAAAUAAUGUUAUUUACCAAAGAGAUAAAUAUAUAUAAGAUGUUAUUUGAUUAUAAAUCUCAGUUAUAUCGUGAAGGGACCCUACUACUUUAUUUGAUGCAGAAAAGAUUUAUUCACAUAUAAUGUACAGCAUCGUGUGAUGUAUAAAAAAUUGUUCUAUAUACAAAUUCAAUAAAGAGUAUAACAAAUAUAAAGUA